AUGGAUGGAGAUCUCAAGAAGGAUUUGAAAGGGGUGAAAGAUAAUAUUAAGACAAAGAUUUGGGAGAAGAUUGUAGAGUUCAAUGUUACUAAAUUGGAUGAUUUUGUGAAACAGGAUUUGGGGAAGUUGAGGAAGAAUAUUUUGGGGCUUGCCGAACAUGAUGGUGGCAAGAGUCUUGCUCAAGGUCAGUUGGAUGCUCUUAGUUCGUCUAAUCAGAAGAAGGAGUUAGAUAAACUUGCAGGUAACGAUGAUGGUUCAAUUCAGAAGGCGGUGAGUCAGCUUGAAAAUAAGUUUAAGCAGGAGAUCCAGAGUCCGCUAAGCAAUGCGGUCGGUGAAGUUGGCACAGCGAUUGAGAAGCUUGGCGGGAAGUUUGAGAAUGGUGCCGUCAAAACUAUGGAUAGCAUUCUUGAUAUUUUCGAGAAUAUUAAAGAUAAGGUUAAGGAGAUUAAGGGGAAGAAAAAUAGUAGUGGUCUGGAAGGUAUUGCCCACGGGUUGAUUAACAGCUAUGCCGAUACGUUCAAGAAGAAUUUUGAGAGUAUUGUGAGCGGGUGGGCGGAAGGAAUUUUGGGGAAUGACAAGGGCAAUGAUGCGAAGCCGCCUAAAAAGUGGCUUCCAAAGUAUGUUAAGCUUCGUGGUGGGGACUUGGGAAACAGUGACGUGACUGGUGUUUCCCUGAUUUUAGAAGUGCGUAAUGGAAUUGAAGAGGCGAUUGGGAAAACGCUUGGCGCUGAAAUUGAGGCGGGCAAGGCACAGGUUAUUAGUGGUAUGCAAGCAGCUAACGCCAGCAUCCAAAAGACCAUUGCAUCUGUCAAGUCAGCCUGUGAGACAUUCGCUGACAAGCUUGAUAACAGACUUAAGGGAGGAAUUGAUACACUUGCCGCGGAGAUAUACGGUGGGAUUAAAGACAAGGUGAACAAUGGCAAGGACAAAGAAAUUAAACUCGUCACUGAAGCCACGCUUCUCGGUCUCUCCGCCACCACCAGCCAGGUUGCCAGCGAAAUUGAGUCUAUCCUGCUCGGCGACUACAGGAUAGCGAAGGGCAGCGGCAAAAGCAUCGCAAGCGAAUUGGACAGAGUAGUUGGUGAGACUCAGAAGCUUCACGAUCAGCUUGCCACGGCGACUACACCAGACGCCAGCUCCGACCCAAAUGAUAGCCCCGCCCGAGCCGUGGACAGUAGGUUGCAGGCGGUGAGGAGUGAGGUUGGGAGGAUUGACAAGACAUUCAAAGACGAAGUCAAAAAAGAUCUUCAAUUGGCAGUCGACGGGCUUGAACCUGCCGUCAACGGUUUCAACACUGAAGCUCAAUCACAGAUCAAGGCUGCGGCCAAGGCGGCAGAGCAGAUUAUGAGGGCUAAUGUUCAAGUUGAUUAG